AGUGGUAGUGAUGGUGUCUUGGCUGUUGGCUGUGCUGUGCCGUAUAGUCCGUGUAUUUCGUAUUCGUAUAGUACGCGGGUGUCGGGUGUCGGGUGUCGGGUGACGGGUGACGAGUAUACGGGUCUAUUGCUCCUCAACUGAACAGUCGUCCAGUCAGUCAGUGUUGAACGCGCAGUCAUCGGGAGAGGCUUUAUCUCGUCCGCGUUGCGGUUGUGUCUGAAGUCAGUGCCGUCGUCGUCCUCGCGUCCUCGUCGCCCUCGUCGUCCUCGUCGUCGUCGUCGUCGUCGUCGUCGUCGUCGUCGUCGUCGUCGUCGUCGUCGUCGUCGUCGUCGUCUUCGUCUUCGUCUUCGUCCUCGUCCUCGUCUUCGUCUUCGUUGUCGACGUUGUCUGUAUGUUGGACGCUAAAAUUUCCAAUUUAAUAACAAUUCUAUGACGAUGCGUUUCUACUGCAUCGUUCGUUUUUGCUGUUGUCAUUUGCCAUUUGCCAUUUGAGUCGUGUUAAUUUUGUUCUACCUCUGGACACACUCAUGGAUUUUAUCAUUCUAAAGGUUAAUGGGACUGAUGUUAGCAGUUUCCCCCACGAGGAUGCUGUUAGAGCAUUCCUAACUGCUCAAGAACCAAUUGUCGUUGAAGUAAAGAGACGAAUCUCCGAAUCUCCGAUUGAACAUAAAACCGUCAGUAGCAAAACAACUUCAUCUAUUGCAUGCCAAACGGAACUAUCCGGGUAUGCUUGGAUAGAAGAGAAUUCACUCGACUGUCUUCCACACGAUAUUGAUUUAGAGGAAGUAACUCUCAGAAAAUGCAGUAGCGAUGAAAAACUAGGAUUAACAGUAUGCUAUAGUUCUGGAUCAGAAGCGGAUACAUGUACUGAAGUUUAUAUAAGAGACAUAGCUCCACAAAGUGUAGCUGACCGAGACGGAAGGCUUAGACAAGGAGACCAAAUUCUUCAGGUUAACGGAAAGGAUGUAGCAAACAAAGAAGAUACCGAAUCAUUGUUUGCCGAAAAUAGAAAAGCGGUAACACUAUUAGUCAGUCGGUGUUAUGCCAGGAGUGAAGAUUACUUGGAUACGGAACCAUUCGUCGACACAUUAUCUCCUGGUGGCAAAUCAACAACAGGUGGUUACCAAAACAGUUUAAUAGAGCAACUGGUGCAGCAACAACAGGAACAACAGGCAGAAUUGCAAAACUUUUCCAGAAUCGACAAUCCCCAACUGCCACCAGCACCUCCUAAAGUUCCUGGACAUUUCAUUCAAGACAAAUUGAAUCUGACCAAUUCCCUGGUACGUUCAAAAAUGGAUUCAAUAAAUCAUGAAAUCUCCGAACUAGAUAUUAGGAUGCAAAAUAUUCAACUUGUUAAACUCGAUAAAAGAAAACCACCCCCUCAGCUUCCUCAUAUUCCGGCACCACCUGAAUCUGACACCGAACACAUUUAUGAGACUAUACCUGAAUCGAUGGAUUCAGAAUUAGAACCAAUAUAUUCCUGUCCGUACGAAAUGGAUGGAGAUGAUAAUAUGAUCGAACAUUGGCUCAAGAGUCAUCAAGACCACGACAUUGACGUGGAUGAUGAUUGGUUACAACAAAUGAAAGAACACAAACAAUUCAAGGAACAUGAAGAUAAUAACAAAAUUACAAAAAGUAAAUCUUCAAAAAGCAAUAGCAGCGGCGAGGAACACGAAAAUAGUUCAAGUGCUUAUAACACAGGAGGAUCUUGUAAUAGUAAUCCCUUAACUUUUGAAUUAGCUAGUAGCCAGGACUACAAACAUAAGGACAUGUACAGAUCUACGUUAAUACUGUGUUCCCCAGAAAAAGAAGAUACCACAAAAGAAACAUUUAAAGAAAAAGAGAAGGAAAAAGAAAUUAAAUCGAAUAUUGAAUGUGAGGCGUGCAGAAGACAAAUUUCUUCUAAAUCAAAAAAAUCAAAAUCAUGUACAAGAAUUGGAUGUGACAGCAACACCGAAUCUUCUCCGCCCACCAAAUCUAGCAUGAUUCAGCCUCCACACAUUCUCUCUGAUACGAUGUACACAAAUGUGGCAAAUUUACAGCAAACUAUGUUGUUACAACAGCAGUUAUUUAGACAAGCUUUAGUUCAACAACAGGGAAACGUUAAUAUUGAUGUUACUGCUGCUGCUGCUGCUGCUGCUGCAGCUGCUGGGAAACCACCACUCCCAGCUUCUAGUUUUACAUCACCGAGUUUGAGUCAUUAUCAAGUUAAUUCGAGCCACGAUCAACCAGAAAGUACAACUCUGGAAACUCAACGCAUGGAAUGGAAGGUGAAAAGAAGACCUGAUGGGACAAGAUAUAUUGCACGGCGCCCUGUUCGAAAUAGAAUAUUAAAAAACAGAGCUCUUAAAAUUUCAGAAGAAAGAGCUGGAUUAACUACUGAAGAUGAUACAAUAUCUGAAUUGAAGAUUGGAAGAUAUUGGACAAAAGAAGAGAGGAAAAAACAUUUAGAAAAAUCCAAGGAAAGAAAACAAAGACAAGAAAUUCUAUUGGCAUCAAGGAAUAUGAUGACGGAUGAAAAUAGUGAAUUAAUAAAGCACAUUCCCACAAAGAAGGCUGCUAAUAAUAUUGAUAAUACAGUUAAGAAGCAUAAAAAUAAAAAAAAUAUCCAUAAAGAUAGUUACGAAAAUUUUACAACUGUUCAAGAGAUAAUUGUCAAUGGUCCCAAAGUUACCAAUUCUAAUAGUAAGAUCGCGGGUCUUUUGUCAGUUACAACUGUCUAAUGAAGUAUCAUGAUUUUCAUCAUUAUACCUGUUUUAUUGUCGUUGCAAGCUUGCUUUCCAUAUAUUAUAAUAAUACACCUAUAGCUUUGAAAUAUAAUUCCUACACCUACUCUUCCUCUUUGACACUCAUCAUAUUUUUAUAGUGAAUAUUUUGUACGUUAAACUUGUAAAAAUCCAGAUUUUUCCAAAAUGAUGUGAUGUUUCUAUCUUAGUGUACAUAUCAUAAAAAUUAUAAAUGAAAUUAUAAUCUAUAAUAGACGACAUUAGUAAAUUGUGUGUAUGUAAAUAAUAAUAAUAAAUACAUUAA